AUGGUGCAACCCCACACGUCAAACCCCGAAGCCUCAGCCUCCGCAGCAUCCACGAGCGGCCACGCGGAGGACGUGAUGGACACCCUGACCUCCCAGCGCCUCACCAACUCGGAGCUGCGGAGGGAGGUCUCCACCUUGCGCGCCGAGAAGGCCAACCUCCCCAACGUGCUGCAGCGCGUGACGGCCGAGCUGACCCCGCUGCGCACCAGGGCGCGGAUUCCCGGGGCGCUGCAGAUCACCCCACCCGUCUCUGCAGUCGCCUCCACCGGGACUCGGCCGAUGAAUCCGCCCACCUCUCUGCCGGAGCCCUUCUCCGGAGACCCCGGCCAGUUGGCGGGGUUCUUGGUGCAGAUAAACAGGUUCAUGAUCUUCCAGGCCUCCCACUUCCCGGGGGAGGCAGAGCGGGUGGCCUGCCUGGUGUCCCGUCUGACUGGGGAGGCUGAGAAGUGGGCCGUCCCCCACAUGCAGCCAGACAGUCCCUUGUGAGACAACUACCAGGGCUUCCUGGCGGAGUUGCGGAGUACCUACAAGUUGCCCCUGCUGCACGCUCGGCGGGCCCAGAUCCGGAAGACUUGUGCCUCAAAUAGGGCUGUGCGUGAGUGGCAGAGGCUGUGUCAUCAGGUGGCCACCGUGGGCACAGGGUCCUGCCCCGUGCAUCCCGCCUCCAGUGGGACUAGCCCAGCUCCGGCUUUGCCCACCCAAGCACGGAACCUCUAA